UAUAAUUGAUUUGACUAAAGCUAUCUUGGAUGACAAAAAGAAGGAUUGCAAGUUUAAUAACUUCUACUUUAGACUUUAAUUUCAACUAAAUUAUAAUUAGUCUUUUAUCCAUAUCAUCUUAGUUAUAAUCGUAAGGAUUUAGUAGAAUAAAUAAACAGUUUCAACAAUAUUUAAUAUGUGAUUUAAUAAACAAAAGAACAUGUAGGAUUUUUAGGAUUUAAAGAGAUUUGAGACAAUAGUUAACGAAUAUGAAAAGAAUACGAAGCAGAUGAUGAAAAAUGAUUCGAGCAAAUUAGUGGCAACACAGAGUUAAGCGAGAUAAAAAUAUUAAUCAAUAAAUAAUGAAAGAAGAAUGAGCAGAGUUAAGUUAUUACACAAGCCAAAACUAAGACAAAUCAAACGACAGAACGUGAAAACAAAUGUAAACAGGACAAGAGUAGAUGGUGAAGAUAAAAUGCAUUGAAAAACUGAAUGUUAGAUUAGAAAACAAGAGACAAAAAUAGAUUAAAAUGCAAAAACUCUGCGACUUGGCGCGGAUAACGAUCCCUAGUAUAUUAAAAACAAGACAUCGGUUGAAAUUUGCUUAAAUAUUAAAUACCCGUAUGCAUUUAAGAAAGAAAUUACAAGCUGUAGAUUUUAGAAAUGAAUUAAUCCUAAAGAAGAAAUGUAACGUGCAUAAGAUUCUGUUUUCAGCUUUUGACCUUGUGUUGCUUUUAAGUUUUAAGAUCAAGAAAAUAUCAAAACAAGAAAAGUGUCAGGUCUCCAAUGGCAGAGCCACAACCAUACCAACGUCCUCCUCAGGUGUUCAUCAGUUUCCACGGAGAUGAAUUGCGUGACAACUUCAUCAGAUAUCUUGUGUGGGGACUGAGAGACGAAAGACUCAACCUUUUCAUUGACAGAGGAGAAGCAAAUAGGAGAGAGAUACGAAACGUUUUCACAAAGAUCGAGGAUUCAAACAUCGCGGUCGUCAUCUUCUCCAAGAGGUAUAGAGAGUCAGAGAUGUGCUUGAACGAGCUUCAAAAGAUUCACGAACACGCUGAACAAAACAGACUCUUGGUGAUUCCUGUGUUCUACGAUGUGAGCAAGAGGGACGUGAAGAGCCUCGAGGGUGAAUUCGGCAAUCAUUUCAAGGAAAUGAGGGAGAAAUAUAAAAAUGACCCUCUUAAGAUCCUUACUUGGGAGGAUUCCUUGAGUUCAAUAGCUGACAGAACCGGUUUGACCUCAGAAGAACACGGAACGGGAUUAGGUCUUGUCAGAGAAAUAGUUAGCACGGUUAAAAGCAAGCUACUAAACUCCGCUGGAGGAAGAAGAAGACGAAGUAUGUCGAUCGGACUAGUGUUUGUUUUGGCUUCAACUGCGGUUUUCCUCUUUAUUCUCUUCAUAGCCCGUAAUUUUUGCGCUGAUGUGAGAAUUUACAAGGCUGUUAAGUGUUUGCUAGGUGUUCCGGUUUUGGUUGGUGUCUUGCACCAGCUUUAUCGUCUAUCAACACAUAACAGAUAAAUAGAUAAUAUCUCUUGAUCGAUCACCAACUCUAAUUAGUCAAAUGGCUUCACGCUGUUUUUGUUGUACAUCUGUUUAGUUGUAUUUACAAUCUCAAAGAACAAAA